UAUAUAAGGCCUGGAGGCUGGACUGCUGGAGAGGGAAGACUUGGACCCCCAGCUGAGGAGUCCUCUCAGACCCGGUCACUGGAUCUGAGAAAGUGCUCGGGAGACUGCAUUCCAGGGACAAGCUGACUCUGUGAAGCAUCCUCAUCCAUCUUCUGUCAUGUUCCCCACAGGGCCUGGAGGAAAGAUGUUGGGGACCAAGGCCUGCAUAUUCUUCCUCCUGGUCCUGGAGGUCACCUCUGUGCUGGGAAGGCAGACGCUGCUUACCCAGUCCGUGAGAAGAGUCCAGCCUGGGAAGGGGAACCCCAGCAUCUUUGCCAAGCCUGCUGACCCCCUGAGGAGUCCUGGUGAGUGGACAAUAUGGUUCAACAUCGAUCACCCAGGUGGGCAGGGUGACUAUGAGCGGCUGGAAACCAUUCGCUUCUACUAUGGAGACCGUGUGUGUGCCCAGCCCCUGCGACUUGAGGCUCGGACCACCGACUGGAUACCCGCAGGCAGCACUGGCCAGGUGGUCCACGGCAGCCCCCACGAGGGCUUCUGGUGCCUCAACCGGGAGCAGUGGUCCGGCCGGAACUGCUCCAACUACACUGUGCGCUUCCUCUGUCCUCCAGGGUCCCUGCGCCGAGACAUGGAGCGCACCUGGAGCCCAUGGUCUCCCUGGAGCAAGUGCUUGGCUGCUUGCGGUCACACAGGGGUCCAGACCCGUACACGCACCUGCCUGGUAGAGACAAUGUUUCUGUGCAGCGAGGCCAUUGAGGAGGGCCGGCUCUGUGUGAGCCGGGAUUGUACAGCCUGUGACCUGACCUGUCCCAUGGGCCAAGCGAAUGCUGACUGCGAUGCCUGCAUGUGCCAGGACUUCGUGCUGCAAGGAGCUGUCUCCCUCCCCGGGGGUGCCCCAGCCUCAGGGGCUACUGUCUACCUGCUGACCAAGACACCUAAGCAACUGACCCAGACGGAUGGUAGUGGAAGGUUCCGAGUCCCUGGCUUGUGCCCCGACGGCAAAAGCAUCCUGAAGAUCACAAAGGCCAAGUUUGCCCCCAUUGUGCUCACAAUGCCUAAGACUAGCCUGAAGGCAGCCACCAUCAAUGCAGAGUUCAUGAGGGCAGAGACUCCAUAUAUCGUGAUGAAUCCAGAGACAAAAGCACGGAGAGCUGGGCAGAGUGUGUCUCUGUGCUGUAAGGCCAUGGGGAAGCCCAGUCCAGACAAAUAUUUCUGGUACCACAAUGACACACUGCUGGACCCCUCUCUCUACAAGCACCAGAGCAAGCUGGUGCUGAGGAAACUACAGCAGGACCAGGGUGGGGAGUACUUCUGCAAGGCCCAGAGUGAUGCUGGGGCUGUGAAGUCCCAUGUUGCCCAGCUGACUGUCAUAGCCCCUGAUGAGACCCCUUGCAAUCCAACCCCUGAGAGCUACCUUAUCCGGCUGCCCCAUGACUGCUUCCAGAAUGCCACCAACUCCUUCUAUUAUGAUGUGGGCCGCUGCCCUGUCAAGACCUGUGCGGGGCAGCAGGAUAAAGGGAUCAGGUGUCGGGAUGCUGUGGAGAACUGCUGUGGCAUCUCCAAGACAGAGGAGAGGGAGAUCCAGUGCAGUGGGUAUACACUGCCCACUAAAGUGGCCAUGGAGUGUAGUUGCCAGCGGUGUACGGAGACCAGGAGUAUUGUGCGGGGCCGUGUCAGCGCUGCUGACAAUGGGGAGCCCAUGCGCUUUGGCCACGUGUAUAUGGGGGGCAGUCGUGUGAGCAUGACUGGCUACAAAGGGACUUUCACCCUCCAUGUCCCCCAGGACACUGAGAGGCUGGUGCUUACAUUUGUGGACAGGCUGCAGAAGUUGGUCAAUACCACCAAAGUACUGCCCUUCAACAAGAAAGGGAGCGCAGUGUUCCAUGAGAUCAAGAUGCUUCGGCGGAAAGAGCCCAUCAUCUUGGAGGCCUUGGAGACCAACAUUAUCCCCCUGGGGGAAGUGAUUGGUGAAGACCCUGUGGCUGAGCUGGAGAUUCCAUCUAAGAGUUUCUACAGGCAGAACGGGGAGCCCUACACAGGAAAAGUGAAGGCCAGCGUGACCUUCGUGGAUCCCCGGAAUAUUUCCACAGCGACAGCCUCCCAGAGUGACCUGAACUUCAUCAGUGAUGAAGGAGACAUCUUACCUCUUCGGACAUAUGGCAUGUUCUCUGUGGACUUCACAGAUGAGGCCACCUCAGAGUCACUCAAUGCCGGCAAGGUGAAGGUCCACCUUGACUCAACCCAGGUCAAGAUGCCAGAGCAUGUGCCCAUGAUGAAACUCUGGUCACUCAACCCAGACACAGGGCUGUGGGAGGAAGAAGGUGACUUCAAAUUUGAAAGACAAAGGCGGAACAAAAGAGAAGAGAGAACUUUCCUAGUGGGCAACAUGGAGAUCCGUGAGAGGAGGCUCUUUAACCUGGAUGUUCCUGAAAACAGGAGGUGCUUUAUAAAGGUGAGGGCCUACCGGAGCCAGAGGUUCAUGCCCAGUGAGCAGAUCCAGGGGGUUGUGGUCUCUGUGAUCAACCUGGAGCCCAGGACUGGCUUCUCAUCCAACCCCAGGGCCUGGGGCCGCUUUGACAGCGUCAUUACAGGCCCCAAUGGGGCUUGUCUGCCUGCCUUCUGCGAUGACCAGUCCCCUGAUGCCUACUCUGCAUAUGUCUUGGCAAGUCUGGCCGGGGAGGAACUGGAGGCAGUGGAAUCUUCUCCUAAAUUCAACCCAAAUGCAAUUGGCGUCCCUCAGCCCUACCUCAACAGGCUCAAGUACCGGCGGACAGACCAUGAGGACCCUCAGGUUAAGAAGACAGCUUUCCAGAUCAGCAUGGCCAAGCCAAGACCCAGCUCAGCUGAAGAGAGCAACGGGCCUAUCUAUGCCUUGGAAAACCUUCGGGCAUGCGAGGAGGCGCCGCCCAGUGCAGCCCACUUCCGGUUCUACCAGAUUGAGGGGGAUCGAUAUGACUAUAACACCGUCCCCUUCAACGAGGAUGAUCCCAUGAGCUGGACUGAAGACUACCUUGCGUGGUGGCCCAAACCAAUGGAAUUCCGAGUCUGCUACAUCAAGGUGAAGAUCGUGGGGCCAGUGGAGGUGAAUGUACGGUCCCGCAAUACGGGGGGCACCCACCGACGGACAGUGGGGAGGCUGUAUGGAAUCCGGGAUGUGAAGAGCACGCGGGACAGGGAUCAGCCCAAUGUCUCAUCUGCCUGCCUGGAGUUCAAGUGCAGCGGCAUGCUCUACGACCAGGACCGGGUGGACCGCACCCUGGUGAAGGUUAUUCCGCAGGGCAGCUGCCAUCGAGCCAGUGUGAACUCUAUGCUGCAUGAGUACCUGGUCAACCACCUGCCACUGGCAGUCAACAACGACACCAGCGAGUAUACCAUGCUGGCGCCCCUGGACCCGCUGGGCCACAACUACGGCAUCUACACCGUCACUGACCAGGACCCUCGCACCGCCAAGGAGAUCGCACUUGGCCGGUGUUUCGAUGGUACAUCUGAUGGCUCCUCCAGAAUCAUGAAAAGCAACGUGGGAGUGGGCCUUACCUUCAACUGCGUAGAGAGGCAGGUGGGCCACCAGAGCGCUUUCCAGUAUCUCCAGACCACCCCAGCCCGGCCACCUGCCACAGGCGAUACUCGUGGAAGAUUGGCCUCCAGGAGGCAGCAGCGAGCAAGCAGGGCUGUCCAGCGUAGGGGACUAGGGGUGGCCUCGCUGAGGCUUCCUGGAGUUGCUCAACAGGCGCUGAGCAACUAAGUCUCCUGGCGCUCCGUCCUCUUUUCUUCUCACGUCACCUGACAGCCGUUGUGAGACUGCAGCAUAAACUGUGACUCGGUUAAUUUAAGCACAUCUGUUCUUGUGCAAUUUGCGUUUCUUCAUACCUUUACUUAUUGUCUUUGUCCCAUGAUACUGAUUGGCAAGCAGCCCCCAAAAUGGCAAAAUAAAGCCCCUUUGUCUUGUUCUUUAAAAGAAACCCAAGAAAUUGGCGACUGGUAAAACGCUGUGGCUUUGACUGUUCUUCUUUAGUGCCAUCAACGGAAAUGUACUUCCUUUCCUUUUGCAUGGUUUUCCCCACCUCUAUGAUAAUAAAAUUUGAUGUUGAAGAUCAAAUAACCAAUAUAAAGCAUAUUUCUUGGCCUUGCUCCACGGGAUCUAAGUAAGCACUCCAUCACAGUUCAUAUGUAUAAACGGUGGUGAAAUAAAGGAAUAAACUAGAAUAUUUUUACUUGAAAUGUAUGUAACUUAUUUAUUUCUUUGCUGAAUUUGGAACUCUAAUGCACACUCAGUGUUCAGCUAUUGGAUACAGGGUGAUCGUAGCUCCCCUACCGAGUAAGGAAGGAACAUCUUGCAUCCACAACCGCAUCAGGUUACUAAUUGGAUUAGCAUGUUUCGCUUACACUUGCUUUGGUUCUUGCUAGAAGCCCCGUGUAGCCCAGGGCAUAUGUGAAUAAAUGCACAUUUUGUACUUUGAUUCUGAG